AUGAUCAAAAAAAAUAUAAAUUAUUUAUUUUUAAUUUUAUUAAUAACUUUUAUUGUUUUAAAUAAUUUAUUAGUCAAUGCAGAAGGUGGUGAUAUUGGAUAUAAUGGUUUAAUUCAUUUUAUUAAAACAAACAAUAGUUCCAAAGCAAUCUAUAAUGUUAGUUCUGAUAAAAAAUUGGUUGGAUAUACUUUAGAAACACCAUCACCAUCACCAUCACCAUCAUCAGCUCCAUCUCGAUCUCCCUCUCCAUCAUCCUCUCCAUCUCGAUCUCCAUCACCCUCUCCAUCUUCAACUCCAAAGAAAACCCAGAACUUUUUCAAUUCAUCCAGGUCAGACUCUGUAAAAUUAUUACCCUCAUCUGUAUCACUAUUUUUAAUUAUUUUUAUUUUAUUUAAAUUAUUCUAA